UUAUCUUCUUCUGAACAGUUAUCAAUAUGCGUGCUUUCUCUAUCUUAGCUACUAUUACUGCUUUUGCACUUUCUGUCAAUGCUGCUUCUUAUAACAAGCGUGCCAUCAGCGAGAAUGUCCAAAGCUGUAUCAGUGGUAUAAAUACUAUUGAUUCCAAGGUUUUGGAGUUUAACAUUGCUCUUAAUAACUUCACUCGUGCUGAUGAGUUUAUCGGUGGUGCUCGCCUCCAUACCGCUGAACAAGCUAUUGAGUCUCUCUACAAUACCACCAACAUAGCUUGUUGUGCUACCACCACCACUGUCUCUGAUGAAGAAGCUAUGGGUCUCUUGGAUGCUUUUGGUAAAAUAACCCCUGACAUUACCAAUACUUUUGGUGGUUUCAUCAUUAAGAAGCCGGAAUUUAGUGCUGUUCCGGUACUCCGUGUUGUUUACAAAUCCAAUACUCAGACUUUGUCUGUUGUCGUUAAGAAAUUGGAUAGUUGUUUAAUUGCUGUCACCCCUGAACCACUCCAAGCUAGAGCUCAAGCCUAUGCCGCUACUAUCGAUGCUAAGAUAGUUGAAGCUUUCGCUGUUUACAAUAUUACCUCUUAAUUAUGUUUUUUUCAAACAAAUUUAAACAUCUAGCCCAAAAUAAAUAAAAAUAAAUUUAGGUUAUCCUAUCUUUCUAUCGAAACCUGAU